UCCCUAAACCACCAUGCCGAACAUUUGCUGACUAGAUUUACAUACUUCGUUGUGUUCGAAGGACCUCCUUAGCUGUUGUGCCUUUCAAUUGACGACAAGACAAUUAUCUGACGUUCUCUGCACAUCGCCAUCCCAAUCGCCCAGCCCAUCCAACACUAGAAGGCGCCUUAUUUUGCGCAACAAGCUAGGAAUGUUCCUGCACAAUUUAAAUCAUCCCGCAGAAGUCAAACAAACAUACACGGAUGCUGAAAUGCCCCACUGAGAAUUGGAUAAUCCUUUUUGCAUGACCACCGUUCAUGAUCGUGAACGCUUUCUGUACCAAGUAAAACUUGACUUGAGCAUAAGAGUUGUUCUUUAUUCAAAAUGCUAAAAAAAAUUUGAUUUUGCAAGGAACCAGAGCACCAGCAGAAAGAAAUAUUCUUUGCUCCCUUUGUAGUCCUUGUGGCAUGCACAUCUUCCUUGCUCUCACUAACUUCUUUGUCAGUAUGAGUUGUCUUUGGGGAAAUUCUUCAUAUAUGUACACUAGUAAAAGGUGGGAUUCUCUGCCAAAGUUUAUGCUUCCUGCCCAAGAACUCGUCUUUCAACUCUAGCCCCAAAGUGGCAUCCCUGAGUGCAUAACGACCUACUAGAAAAACAAAACAAAAAGAAGGGAAAAAGAGAUGAAGCACACUAACAAAAUGGUAGUAUGAUGCCCCAAUUCAAAGACGACAAACGGACAAAACUGAAAAAAUAUUUGGAAAGAGAAAGUAACCAUGACCAAGCAGACUUUUUCUUAUAUUACCUAAAAGAGUGUAUUUCCCCAAAAGAAAUAUCUCAGGCCAGACAGGGCUGUUGUGAACAGCCAAUGUUAUCAGUAACCGUUGGUGAAAGUAUUGUGCUAUACUCACUGCUUAAGUUUAGCAUCUACUUUAUCACAGAAAAGUUCCAGACCGAAAGGGUAACUUGCUUGAAAGUCAUACCUAAAGAACAAAAUGGAAUAUGCGCAAACAAUUCCAUGGUGUAUCCAUAAGUCAUAUCAAACUGCAAACAGCAGUUCUUAAGAAACAUGCAUGAGAAGGAAUCAACAUUCUAGUACAUGGUAACAUAAUUCAUAAGGUGCCAGUCCAUGUCUACAGUGCUCGAGUCACUCUUACUCUCCAGAUUCUGUCAAUCUACUAAUUAUGUCGAAGAGAGUUGCCCAGUUAAUUAAAUAAAAACCAAGCACAAAGCAGAUUACAACCGUCUACCCAGGACACCACCGACAGACAUGGCCACACUUGCACAAACUCAACGCGCACUGUUCGGCAACUCCGACUUCACCAUAGGUGACCACAAAAGAAUAGCUAACCACAAAAGCUCCACAAAUCAAAAAGCCACAGCAGCCAACCAACACGCCAGCGAGAAGACAACUCUGAUUUUGAGGAUGAGCCUCACAGGAGAAAUGUGCAAGGCCUGCGCUGACCAGAUCCGCUGAAACUGGACCACCCUUCAUGUGUCAUCGUCACCACUUGGUCGACCUCAUGACAGGGAAGUUCUGAGUUAAUGGUAACAAGGCGAAACAGAGCACAUAGAAGUAGGGAACCGACGGACAAGCAAGAAAGCUGACUACCAAGCCAUGCCGCAACCCAACGUUGUUCGCCAUCAUCAUCGUUGGCAAAUCAAACGCAGAGCAAACGGGAUCCAAGCCAGCGGACCCGUAAUCCGCACCAAGAAAAGUGACCGGGAAGCCUUGUCACACAUAAAUAUGAUAUGCAAUACAAUGUAUGUAUGAUGAUGACCAGUUGCACUAAGCCAGAAUUGGAUGACAUGAGAAAUUUAUGUAUUCCAGCUUUAUGGGGCAAUUAUGCAAUGAAACAGCCUUCUUUUUAAACUCAAUUUUAGUUGGGCCGGAAUACACAACACAUCAGAAAAGUAAACUAAAGGUAAAGGUUUCCCGGGAAUCUUGAGGAUACAGUUGAGUGUACAAGAAGCUUAUGACGGUGUAUGAGAGAUCUCCUUCAGUGAAGGUCAGACAUACUCGUGCUAUUGUUGAUAAAAAAAAAGAGGGUGACAUUGCCACCAUGAUGUGGACAAUGCACUUAAUACAUAUUGUGAUAGAUGAAACACCCCCAAUCUGGCCUGAGCUGGGAAUAUGUCCUCCGGGAAUCAUGCUGAUUUUGUUAUAUCACAGUCGACGAAAAGGAACCAUCAGUUUAAUUGAACAAGAACACCAUUGACAAAUGACAACACAAACAUAGAUGCCAUGAUAAAGACAGAAUAUUAAGCGCCUUUGAGGGCCAACUUGGAGGGGGGAAAGGUCAAAGAAUCAACAAGAUUAUGGUUUCCUUGGAGGACUCCCACAACUAUACUGCAAACAGAAUGUCCCGCUAUAAAUGAAGAUUGGCCAAUGGCAACACAGCACAGGACCCCAAACACACAUGCACACGCUUCCUAUCAAGAUGAAAAGAGGCCUACUAGUAGUAUUUUGGUCCUUGUUCUGCCUCUGUGUGGCAAACACAGCUACUGGCAACAAGCCCAAACACCCUAUUGAGUUUGAUCAAUUAGAAAUAUCCAGGAAAUAUGUUCCAGCAAAACAGCAUGCAUCUGCGAGCAAGAGCCCUUCUAGUUCUUCAGUCCAUGGUGGCUCACAAGAUUAUCAGCGAAAGAGGGAUAAGAUUAUAGCAAUGCCAGGCCAGAUGGAGGAAGCGGAAUUCACACAAUAUGCAGGGUAUGUCACUGUGGAUGCAAAUGCUGGAAGGGCUUUGUUCUACUAUUUUGCUGAGGCUCCUCAAGAUCCUUCCAACAAACCACUAGUCCUAUGGAUGAAUGGAGGCCCUGGUUGUUCAUCCUUUGGAGCUGGAGCCAUGCUAGAACUUGGACCCUUCUCUGUCCAUAGUGAUAACAAGACACUGUACAAGAAAAAACAUGCUUGGAACACAGUAGCAAAUAUGCUGUUUGUUGAGAUCCCAGCCGGUGUUGGGUACUCAUACUCCAACGCGACAUCAGACUAUCACAACACUGGUGACAAAAGAAGUACAGAUGAUGCGUACACCUUCCUUGUCAAUUGGCUGGAGAGAUUUCCCGAGUACCGAGACCGUGAUUUCUUCAUAACCGGCGAGAGUUAUGCUGGCCACUAUGUACCAGAGCUAGCUAAUUUGAUUAUUUCUAACAACAGAGCCAGAGGUGCGACUAAUGUCAAGCUUAAAGGUGUUGCUAUCGGCAACGCAGACUUGCAAUACAAUUUGACUCUAAGAGCGACAUUUGACUACUUCUGGAUGCAUGCUAUGAUUUCUGGAAAAACCUACAGAACUGUACAGGCCAACUGUGGCUUCAACGGGACAUAUACUAAAGAUUGUGAUAAUGCCAUGAACUUGGCCAUAAAGGAGAAGGGUAAUGUUGAUGACUACAACAUCUAUGCACCAAUAUGCCGUGAUGCCUCCAGUCCUCUCAGAUCAAGUGACCCGGUGGUGUUCGGUGAUCCCUGCACAAAUCACUAUGUUUCAUCUUAUCUAAAUCGUCCUGAGGUCCAAAGAGCCCUACACGCAAACACCACAGGGUUGAACUACCCAUGGACGGAUUGCAGUCAACUUGUAUUCGAUAACUGGAAAGAUUCACCCGAGACCGUGCUGCCAUCGAUCAGGAAACUCAUUUCAAGUGGCACAAGGGUAUGGCUGUACAGUGGUGAUAUGGAUGCAGUAUGUUCUGUGACCUCGACCCAAUACGCACUGGACAUUCUUGACCUGCCCACAGAAACAUCUUGGCGCCCAUGGCGCGUCAACAAUGAGGUUGCUGGCUAUGUGGUUGGGUACAAGGGCCUGGUGUUUGCAACAGUCAAAGGAGCGGGGCACAUGGUCCCUUUUUAUCAGCCCCGCAGGGCCCUAGCGCUAUUCUCAUCCUUCCUAGAAGGAAAGCUUCCGCCACAAUGAUCUAAUUGUUAGGGAUAAAUUAGCACAUAUCUAUUGUAAAACGUCGAUAGCGAAGUCCGACCCCAAGAAGUCGCAUCCCUUCUCUCUCUCUUAACAUGUAAAUGUCAUCCUUUGGAUGCAUUCCCGCAGGCAUGCAUAUAUAUCCUUUGUAUCAGUGAAAUCAAUGAUGCUUGACCAUUCACUUC